CAGCUCAAAAUAGCAAAACCAUGUUUUUCAAAAACAUAGUCUUUUUCUUCUUCUUCUUUCUAUUCAGGAAGGUGCUGUGUGUGAGUGAUACUGCCAAAAUUUACGAUGAAUUUGUUAACAGUAUUGUUAACAACACAAAAAAGCUCACAACUCGAAUUAAAUCGGAACUGGGCGAUUCGGAUGAAGCUAUUAAAAUGCUGGAUGCUUGGAGUAAAAUACCGAGCGGUUUGCUGGAAGGCCAUUUCAUAGAUUUGGGCAGCUUUGACGAAUGCUAUGGUAUUGACUAUAACAAUAUCUAUGGAAAGUACUGUCUUGGCAAGUUAAAGCCUUCUAGUGAAAACGAAAAAUAUUUCAAAAUUUUUGGUUACAAUGCAUCGAAACCUCAACCCCGUCUCACACUACACCCACAGCCCAGACUAGUCGGACUGGGUGCAGAGUACGCAGGAAUUCACUUCGCAGCUUGUGUUCCAAGCAGUGUACCAGCAGCUGAAAUAACUGGGAUUUUCACCUACACGGAGGAUUUCUGCUACUCUAAGGCCACAAAACCCGAAAUGUCAGCUGGCGGAAUUGUGACCAUAACUAUCCUAGCUAUUUUUUUAUGUUUAAUAGUUGUAUCAACUAGUUAUGAUAUCGCUCUAAACUACUUCAAAAAAGAACCUUAUCACGAACUGUUUAUUGCGUUUUCUUUUCUACACAACGGUCGAAAACUGUUCCGUUCGAGCAAAAACCAAGACCAACUGCUUUGUCUAAAUGGCAUCAAGGCACUGAGUAUGCUGUGGGUUAUCAUUGGACACGAGUACUCAAGUGGAGGGAAUGCACCAUUUUCUAACCUGUUUGGUUUAUAUUAUUUUCGACAAGAUUCCGCUAACAUGUUUAUAACAGGAGCCACAGUCUCCGUUGACACGUUUUUCGUAGUUGGAGGUCUUGUCACAGUUUACACUUUCAUGAAGUCAAUGGAUAAAGGCGCAAAAUUUAAUAUUGUACUUUUCUACGUUCAUAGAUAUCUCAGACUGACUCCUAUAUAUGUGAUCCUAAGUCUGAUACAUCUUUUUCUUCUUGACCAUUUCGGCAAUGGUCCUUUGUGGAAAGUUGUCGAUCUAGUCCUAGUAGAUACGUGCCAGGAAGGAUGGUGGAGUAGUUUCCUCUAUAUCACCAAUUAUGUGCAAAAGGGAGCUUGUUUGCCUCAAACUUGGUACUUGUCGGUCGAUAUGCAACUGUUUGUUCUUUCACCGCUCAUUCUUAUACCAUUGUAUAAGUGGCCCAAAAUAGGUUUGGGUAAUUUAGGUUUCCUAAUAAUUGCAGGUUGUAUAGUGCCGUUUGCCCUCGGUUAUGCUACUGGUUUAAAUGGCACCAUGGUAAACCAAAAAAAUGAGGAUUUUUCGAACAUAUAUUACAUCCAAACCUACGCACGAUUUGGACCGUAUGUUAUAGGAAUGCUUGUUGGUUAUUACCUUUACAAAAUAAAGAAAGCCGACUUAAAAAUUCAAUUGAGAUGGUGGUUGGUUGUAGUUCUGUGGUUGGUGAUUUUAACAGGUCUGGUGGCUUGUGUCUAUGCUGGUUUUCCGUUAACCAUAACCACAGACGAAGACAAGUGGGGAAAUUCAAUGUAUUUGGGUUUCAAUCGACCAGCUUGGGCUGUGGCAGUGUCUGGAGCUAUAGUUUUGUGUGUUUCUGGUUACGGAGGACCUAUUGACAAAUUUCUAUCUUUGCCAGUUUUCCAAUUUUUGACUAAAUUGUCCUAUUCCAUGUAUUUGGUGCAUUAUUCUGUGAUUACAGUGAGAUAUGCAGUGUUGAGAAACAAUGUGAAAUUCUCUCAUCUUUCAUUGAUGCACGCCUUUUGGGGUGAUUUUAUGAUUACGUUGGGUUUGUCAUUAGUUUUUUGCCUAGCUUUUGAAUCCCCGAUUAUUAUUCUGGAAAAGUAUCUCUUCCACAAGGACACGGCCAAAAAAACAACAAAGUAAUCUUUGUGCCUAUUAAAUAAAAAACUAAAACAUUUACAUUUUAAA